AUGUAUUCAGUUCUUCUAGUAGAUCAUGAUCUUAAAACUCCUGAUGAUUUCGAUUUUGAAGACCUUAAAAAGAAGCAUGACAUCCAGAAAGCAAAUGAUAAUAAUCUAUAUGCUAGCCUAGAAGAAUUAUAUGAGCUUUAUUAUGAUAUAAUCAAGAAAGUAAAUCAUGAAAGAUCAGAUGAUGAAAUAGAACAGAUGUUCAAAGCAAUGGCAAUUUAG